AUGUCUUUUGAGAAAUCUGCAGAGAUAAGUGCAGGGGUACAGCUUCUCAUACAGAGAGCGUCUGGUUUGAAAACAGUGCAAGGGACAAAUCUUGGUUUAAGCUUUAAACCUCGUUCAGAUGACGUGUUCGUCGUGACUGUAAUGAAAUGCGGCACAACAUGGAUGCAACAGAUUCUACAUCAGUUGCGUAGUGGUGGCGAUAUGUCAUUUGAUGAGAUUAGCAAUGUCGUCCCUUAUAUCGAGUUGGCUUAUGACACCGAAAUAGACCUCGAGGCUGAACACAACUAUCAACCGCGGUAA